UCCCCCCAUAGUGUAGAGAACAGUCUUUCUGGAACCUUCUGAAUGGACAGCUUCGAGACCAGCAGGCCCCAAGGUAUAAAAAGAGAGAAGCCGGUUGACGUCUGUGCAGAACUAGUGUCCACCAGAACACCAAGGACUAUCCUCAGCAGAGCCUAGAGUCUCAGGCUUUUCUCAAGUGAUUCAUUCCAGCUGAAAAGAUGCCAGAGGCCCAGAACAUCAUGGCAGACGAGGUGGAGACCUUUGCCUUCCAGGCAGAAAUUGCCCAGCUGAUGUCCUUGAUCAUCAACACUUUCUACUCCAACAAAGAAAUCUUCCUCAGGGAGUUAAUCUCCAACUCCUCUGAUGCCUUGGACAAGAUCAGAUACGAAAGCUUGACAGACCCCAGCAAACUUGAAUCAAACAAGGAUCUGAAAAUUGAUGUCAUCCCUGAUGUGCAUGCAAAGACCCUCACCCUCAUCGACACUGGCAUCGGCAUGACCAAGGCCGACCUCAUCAACAACUUGGGAACCAUUGCCAAGUCUGGCACUAAGGCCUUCAUGGAGGCUCUGCAGGCUGGAGCCGACAUCUCCAUGAUCGGGCAGUUUGGUGUGGGUUUCUACUCCGCUUACCUGGUGGCAGAGAGGGUGACAGUCAUCACCAAACACAAUGAUGACGAGCAGUACAUUUGGGAAUCUGCUGCUGGGGGCUCUUUUACAGUGAAGACUGAUACUGGUGAGUCCAUUGGCCGUGGCACCAGAGUCAUUCUUCACCUGAAAGAGGACCAGACAGAGUACACUGAGGAGAAGCGUGUCAAGGAAAUUGUGAAGAAGCACUCCCAGUUCAUUGGCUACCCCAUCACUCUCUAUGUUGAGAAAACGAGAGAGAAGGAGGUUGACCUUGAGGAAGGCGAGAAGAUCGAGGAGGUGGAGGCAGAGGACAAAGACAAGCCUCAAAUUGAGGACAUCGGAGCUGAUGAAGAUGAGGACACCAAGGACAGCAAGAACAAGAGGAAGAAGAAGGUGAAGGAGAAGUACACCGAUGUCCAGGAGCUCAACAAGACCAAACCCAUCUGGACCCGUAACCCAGACGACAUCACUGUCGAUGAGUACGGAGAGUUCUACAAAAGUCUGACUAAUGACUGGGAGGACCACCUGGCUGUCAAGCAUUUCUCAGUGGAAGGACAGCUGGAGUUCAGGGCCCUGCUCUUUGCGCCUAGAAGAGCUGCCUUUGACCUCUUUGAGAACAAGAAAAAGAAGAACAACAUCAAGCUCUACGUACGCAGAGUGUUCAUCAUGGAUAACUGUGACGAGCUGAUUCCAGAGUAUCUGAAUUUCAUCAAAGGCGUGGUAGACUCUGAGGAUCUUCCCCUAAACAUCUCCAGAGAGAUGCUUCAGCAGAGCAAGAUCCUGAAGGUCAUCCGCAAAAACCUUGUCAAGAAGACCCUGGACCUCUUCACCGAAAUCUCUGAAGACAAGGAAAACUACAAGAAGUUCUACGAGCAGUUCUCCAAGAACAUCAAGCUGGGUAUCCAUGAGGACUCACAGAACAGGAAGAAGCUGUCAGACAUGCUGCGCUACUUCACCUCAAACUCUGCUGAUGAGAUGGUGUCCCUCAAGGACUACGUUUCACGCAUGAAGGAAAACCAGAAGCAUAUUUACUAUAUCACUGGUGAGACCAAGGAACAGGUGGCCAACUCCGCCUUUGUGGAACGCCUGCGUAAGGCUGGCUUGGAGGUCAUCUACAUGAUCGAGCCCAUCGAUGAGUACUGCGUCCAGCAGCUGAAAGAAUAUGAUGGCAAGAGCCUGGUGUCUGUGACCAAGGAGGGUUUGGAGCUGCCAGAGGACGAUGAGGAGAAGAAGAAACAGGAGGAGCUGAAGACCAAAUUUGAGAACCUGUGCAAGAUCAUGAAAGACAUCCUGGACAAAAAAAUCGAGAAGGUGUCUGUGUCCAACCGUCUGGUGUCCUCCCCCUGCUGCAUUGUGACCAGCACGUAUGGUUGGACGGCCAACAUGGAGAGGAUCAUGAAGUCUCAGGCCCUGAGAGACAACGCCACCAUGGGCUACAUGACAGCUAAGAAGCACCUGGAGAUCAACCCUGCGCAUCCCAUCGUCGAGACCCUCAGGGUGAAGGCCGAGGCCGACAAGAACGACAAAGCAGUGAAGGACCUGGUGAUCCUGCUGUUCGAGACGGCCCUGCUCUCCUCCGGCUUCACGCUGGAGGAUCCUCAGACACACGCAAACCGCAUCUACAGGAUGAUCAAGCUUGGCCUUGGUAUUGAUGAUGACGAAGCCAUUGGUGAUGACCUGCCUCAGGCAAGCGAGGAAGACAUGCCUGUUCUGGAGGGUGAUGACGAGGACACUUCCAGAAUGGAGGAAGUUGACUAAGACACUUAUGAAUGGCCCACACGUUUAUUUUUAUUUAUUUUUUUAAAGUUUGCUUUGUCAUUACGUAAUUUUUGUCCAAAUAGAAUUUAGGUAACUCUUCAUCAUUAAGGCAUAAGCCUACCACAUAAUCUGAGGUCCACUUAACAUGAUUUGUUUUUCUUUUAUUUCAUGUUUUUUUUUUUACUUAUCAUGUUUCGUAAUUCAUUUUUUUUAUCAAAGAAACUGAGAUUUUUAAUAAAGUAUAUGCUCUGCAUUGAA